UCGCAUACCACCUUAACUCCGCAAGAUAACGUACUACACCAUCCUUUCUUGGACAUUUCCUGAUUUCUUUCUCUCAUACCUACCUAUAAAUCAUCCUGCGUUAUUCUCUCGAUACCUAUUUACACUGUAAUAGUUUGUGGAUUAAAGCUCUCUCCUUGGAGCUGAAAGGUCAUAUCAGGUGCGUUUAACAGCAGCAACCGUUUUCCCCGAGUCGCAUUGUAUCAACAGCCGGCUACAUCGGGCAGAUCAUAUUUCGUGCACCUACAUCUGCGCCUUUUCUUUGUCUCCCCUUGCUUAUCACUGCAAUCAUAUUACGCGGUCCUCGUGCUUAGAGUAUCAAUAGAUCAGCUCCACCCUUGACUUACACGAGUAUCACUAACACGCUGGACUGGUAGAGCAUCGCCGCCUGUACCGGACUGCUAUAAUGUCCACGUUGCACCCAUCCAAGGACGUCCUCCAGGGAACGGUCUACAGUCCCCUCUCAGCAAAGCCCCGUACUCUUUAUGAGGCUCGCCUUGAGCUCUUUCCCGCUUACUCCUCCGUCAUACAAGAUGCAAAGGGCAAAGCCAAGGAGCUGAGCGCCGAGGCGACAGCCGAAUUUGAGAAGGCGAGCGCAAAAGCUCAAGCCAAGGCCGGAAAGAUCGAGCUAUACUCUGGAAAGUACUAUGCCGCCUGCACCUUUGGUGGUCUGAUGGCCUGUGGUCUCACUCACGCUGCCGUAACUCCCUUGGAUCUUGUGAAAACCCGUCGACAAGUUGACUCAAAACUCUACACCAGUAACUUCCAGGCAUGGGGCAAGAUCUAUCGCGCUGAAGGCGUUCGUGGUAUCUUCACAGGUUGGAGUCCAACCCUCUUUGGCUACUCUGCCCAAGGCGCCUUCAAGUAUGGUUGGUACGAAUAUUUCAAGAAAACGUACUCUGAUAUGGCUGGUCCCGAGGCUGCACAUAAGUACAAGACUGGUCUUUAUCUUGCAGCCUCUGCCUCUGCUGAGUUCCUCGCUGAUCUUGCCCUCUGCCCCUUCGAGGCCGUCAAGGUCCGUAUGCAAGGCUCGAUCCCUAACCCCUACACCGGGACAGUUCAAGGUAUCAGCGCCAUCACAGGCAAGGAAGGUGUCGCUGGCCUAUACAAAGGCCUAUAUCCGCUAUGGGGUCGCCAGAUCCCCUAUACAAUGAUGAAGUUUGCCUCGUUUGAAACCAUUGUUGAGAUGAUCUACGAUCGUCUGCCCGGGCAAAAGAGUGACUAUAGCAAGGCUGCACAGACUGGUGUCUCCUUUACUGGUGGUUACCUGGCCGGUAUCUUAUGCGCCAUCGUCUCCCACCCUGCCGAUGUUAUGGUCAGCAAGUUGAAUUCCAAUCGCCAACCUGGUGAGGCUUUCGGCAGUGCCAUGAGCAGAAUAUACAAGGACAUUGGUUUCGGUGGCCUAUGGAAUGGUCUCCCCGUAAGAAUUGUCAUGAUCGGUACUCUGACCGGACUUCAGUGGAUGAUCUAUGACUACUUCAAGAUCUUUAUGGGUCUUCCUACCACUGGCGGUGCUCCACCCCCAGCCCAGAAGCAGGAGUAGGCUAUAUCGGCUCCCCUUGCAAAUGCAUACGAGUCGCUUGCGCCAUAGUUGUCAGGGACUUUUUGGUGGGCAUUCGUUUUCUGUUCGUUCAAGUGGAUUGGGAGAGACAAUGUUGAUAGGCCAAUAAACAAACCAUUCCUACGAGAGUGCUGGAUCCCAAGCAACAGACUGAGUGAUAUUUACCAUCGGGAUGAUCGGAUCUAUGUGGAACAGCCUGCCUGGACCCUGGGAGCACGCAGCUUAUCAGCAGGCAUCCUUGUCUGAAUAUGACUUGGGUCUUGAGCAACUAUGCACAGUAAGUAUGUAUAGUGUUGACGGAAGCAUGCUACGCUUAAUCCGAUCCGAUCCGUGAGAUUUGCACGCCAAUCCGUUAGUUUCUUGCAUGGGCGAUCUGAAGAACACAUUAAAGUUUGCAGCCAGGCAAAGUGAUAAUUGCCAAGGGACGUGAAUUCGGGGGUUUUUACGUUACUCAUCCUCUGCUAUGUGAUCUGUACAUAAACGAAGACCGGCUGUGCUGCUCACAUUUUUGGUUGAUGAUUGUAUGGAAACAUGAGCGAGCUGACAAAAGAGGGUCUGGUGUAAUACCGGUAUUCCAUCUCCGGUUGAAGGUUUGAUAACUUACAACGCACUAAUGCAAUACUUCAGUUUAGAAGGAUGGAUGUUUAACACUAAUGCCAUGAAAUCAGCACUCAUAUCAAAUCCAGCGCUUGACAACUUUAUUUGACAUUGGCUGCAUUCAACAUCGGUGUUUCAGUGAGAGGUAUUACUCAGUAGUCUAGGUGCUGGAGCGGAUCGAGGACUUUGCCCAAACAAGCACAUAUAAUGCCGUCAUGGUACAUGAUCGAGAUGGGUGGGCACCGUGGGGAACGGCGCGGUUUGCGUGCGUUGAGGCAAUGUGAUGCGUGGCUGGUUACGAAACUACAGAGAGCUAGUGGAACUGACGCUUGUUCCAGAACACUUCUCCCCUUGGUGCAGGUGCAGUUUGGGUGGCAU